GUCUAUACACAUUCUAAGAUUUGCAGAAAAAUGGCUCAGCAUUACCACAUAUCCUCUCUUUUACUACUUGCAUUUCUCAAUAUAUUCUUCAUUCAUGGCAACAUAAGUAGCGCGACUGCACGCCACCUCCUAGAGACGCCCGUUCCUGAGAUACCUAAACCAGAACUCCCAAAAGUUCCAGCCUUGCCAAAGUUUGAAAUCCCAACUGUGCCGAAGCCUGAGCUUCCAACCAUACCAAAGCCUGAGAUCCCCGCUGUUCCAAAACCCGAGCUACCAACUUUCCCGAAACCUGAGUUACCAACUUUGUCAAAGCCUAAGAUCCCAAUUAUGCCAAAGCCCGAGAUUCCUGCAAUGCCAAAACUAGAGUUUCCUCCCUUGAAAAAGUCAGAAAUUCCAGCCGUGCCAAAGACUGAGGUUCCUCCCAGUAGCGAAGCUAGGAUUUUUAAUAAGGGGGUUCAAAAUCAAAAGAACUAAACACACGGACUAAUCGAAGGGGAUUCAAUAUCUACUAUAUAUACAUAAAAAAUAAUUUUAACCAUGUAUAAAUAGUAAUAUUUUCAGCCGAAGGGGGUUUGGCCCUAACAGAAGUAUGGAUUCUGGCCUAUUAUUUAUUGUGAUUUUAGUGAUCUUUUUACACAAACUCCGUGCCAAAAUUAGUAGGUUCGUAUGAAUCUAGUAUUUUGUGCUGCAUUUGCCCCUUCAUGCUUUGUCACUCGGAAACUCAUGAUUUGUGCCACCAAAGGUGACUCCAUUCCUGAAGCUCAAAUUUAAGACAUAUGAUUAAGAAUUAAUAAAUAUUUAUUCUCUCCACAUCUCUACCAGAACGAUUGAUGAUAUCUUUGUAGUAGCUACUCUUUCUGUCACUAUUGUUCCAUACAAAGCCUAAUUUUGUCUGCAAUCAAUAUGAGUAUAGUGUAUAAUAUGUUCGAAGUUAUAUUAGACUUUUUAUUUCUUUUAACUAGGACGUCUCAAAUGUUAUCGUA